AUGUUCCACAUUGUGAAAGACAAGAAGGACCCCUACAGAGACUUGACAGAGGGCUCUAAUUUGGUUACAUUAUCCCCUCUAGCAAGUGAACUGUCAAGUAUUGUUAUUGGCUCAGGACAAUUUCAAGGCCUCUCCAUUGAAAUUAAAGAAUACACCAGAAAAGAAGCACCCAGUGCCACUUUCAGGGUAUGCAGAAGUCUGACAGGAACACAUGACCAGAAAACUUUGGUUUCUAAGCUUGAGAUUAAUAAUAUUGUCCUGAGACAAGGGAACUCUAGAGAAGCAGAACAGCCUGAAGAUGGCAGGUUCCUUAUACCUGGAAAAGAACAGGAUGAAGACUCGGAUAGAACUCCAACCCCCCUGGACAGCCCUGUAUCUUCCCGUACUAGGAAGAAAACUACCUCAACAGCUUUACAAGCACCUCUCCGAGAGGCGGUGAGGCCGGAUGGUGGGACGAUGUUAAUCAAAGUACCCUUUUCUACUGCUGACCUAGGGGAAUGGAAAAAGGUUGCUAAAGAUGAUAAGAGUGAUCCGGAUAUACAGCUAUUAUUAGAAUAUAUGACCGAAACAGAGAAACAGCUGAUUUUAAAAACAGCAGAGAACCUAGCUGAAGAUCAUUAUAAGAUCACAGGAGGGGACGUUAAAGAAUAUUUCCCUCUCCAAGACCCAAAGUGGGAUGUUAAUAGAUCUGCACAUAUGGAAAGAUUGCAGGGAUAUCAGGAUUGGAUUACAAAAGGAAUGGAGAGGGCAAUCCCCAAAACUAUAAAUUGGUCAGCUUUAUAUGCAGUCAAACAGAGUCCUUCUGAGUCUCCAUCUGAAUUCCUGGAUCGACUGAGGGAUGUAAUGCGCCGCAACACACCGCUGGAUCCUGGGUCAGAGGCACUUUUGGGAAGGGACUUGUUGGAACAAUUGGAAGCAAAAAUUGUAUUUGAAAAGGGAGAAAUUAUUCUGGAGGUAAAAGAUCAGCAAUAUAUUCAAAUAUUGAGCCUAACCUUAACCAGUCUCCCCCUAGAAGGAAAUAUUAACGAGGACAUCUUAAACCAAGUGUACCCGGGGGUAUGGGCUACCGAUGCACCUGGAAGAGCGAAAAGUGCUCCACCUGUUGAAGUUAGGAUCAAGGAAGGCCGAAAGCCGGUAAGGAUGAAACAGUAUCCCCUAAAGAAGGAAGACAGAGAAGGAAUCCAGCCGGUGAUAGAAAAAUUUUUGCAGUUGGGAUUACUAAAAGAGUGUGAGUCUGAAUUCAAUACCCCUAUAUUACCUGUUUGGAAGCCCGAUGGGUCAUAUCGGGUGGUCCAAGACUUCCGGGCGGUGAAUAAGAUAACUGAAGAUCUUUACCCGGUAGUCUCAAACCCAUAUACCCUGUUGACCGUAUUAACACCUGAAUUGACUUGGUUUACUGUUUUAGAUUUGAAGGAUGCUUUCUUUUGCCUCCCUCUCCAUGAGACCAGCCAAAAAUUAUUUGCAUUUGAAUGGGAAAACCCCAAGAGUGGUUGAAAGACCCAGCUCACUUGGACAGUGUUGCCACAAGGAUUUAAGAAUAGUCCUACCAUUUUUGGCAAUCAGCUUGCAAAAGACUUAGAAUCCUGGGAAACCCCGUCUGAGGAAGGGAAGCUGUUGCAGUAUGUGGAUGAUAUCCUGAUUGCCACCAAGACAGAGAAAGAUUGUAUGACGUGGACGCCACUGAGCAGAAACACCUUGGGUGGAACAAGGAGACCGAACGAGCCUUUGAGCUACUGAAAAAGGCUUUGAUGUCGGCCCCGGCCUUAGGACUCCCAGAUGUGAGUAAGCCGUUUCUUCUUUACUCCCACGAGAAGCAGGGCAUUGCCCUGGGAAUAUUAGCACAAAACCUGGGCCCAUAUCGACGGGCAGUUGCCUACCUCUCUAAGCAGUUAGACACGACUGCAAAAGGUUGGCCUGGAUGCCUGCGGGC